UUUGGGAGACCCACAGUCGCUGGACGCGGGCCGUAAUCCCCGCGACGACUCCAGAUGCCACACUAGCAACGCCCAGAUCUCAGUACAUAACCUACAGCCAUAAUCAUGCAAUGAUCGACGUAUCCACGCGCCUAAGGAGAGGAAUAGUCCUCAACGAUCUCCUCCUUGUCAAGCGCAUCAUACGCAACAAUCCGGCAUGGCUGCGCAAUCCGGACUUCGACGAUAAAAGCAACACAUCUCUGCAUUUGGCUGCCAAACUUGGGUUUUGGGACAUAGCUGUACACAUACAUCUCUUCUUACUUUUGGCACGGAGCGAACUGUCGAAACUAAGACUUCGUAAUACAGGCUUUCCUCAUCGAUGCUGGCCACGAAGACGAUGGCAUAUCCCGCAACUCGGACUGGGAUACACCCCUCAUGCUCGCCGCCGAAGCCAAGCAAGUUGAAGUUGGCAAGCUUCUGAUCGCACAUUUCCCGCGCUGCGUACCGUGGGCCAACAAGGCGGGCAUGGACGCGCUGAUGAUCUCCUCUCGCAGUGGUGCACUCCCCUUACUUCCCUUGCUCCUUACCUCGAAUCCGCCAGCCUCGCCAACGGCAUACGAUAACGACGGCAACACUGCAUUGCACCAUGCAUCUGCGGCGGGCGAGCUCAAAGCGUUAAGGGUCCUGUUGCAGUACGGGGCCAACCCGCUCGCGCAGAAUAACUACUCAUGGACGCCUAUUGCGUACUCGUCCACGGUGGCUGCGGAAGUGUACUUCAAGCAGCUCGUCACCGAAAUGGAGAUGAGACGCAUGGAGGGCUUGAUGCAGGAGAGAGAACGGGAGGCGGCGACAAGGCAGCAAAGAAUUGGGGGUGUACGACUGGUAACUCAGGAUGAUGGAGGUGCGCCCUUGGGCUCCACGGUACAAUUCCGACAGCGAGAGGAUAGUCUGAGCAAUCUUGCACGCCCUAGCGCCGAGUGGAGUCCUGUUGAGAGACGAGCCAUGACGCCAACGGACAGCCAGAGCACACCCACGGCAAAUUGGAACUAUGGACGAGGAAGGGCUAGCAGCGGGGACUGAUUAUCCUUCACGGUCAUGUACGCUACGAGACACGACAAUUCGAUAACAUUCUACAACCCAAGCGGGCAUCUUAAGAUGCGAAGUGCUGAUUGCGCCUUUCACUUCGUAGUCACGACUCGUGCAUUUCUGGCUUCGUUUCGAACUUUACCAAGAUUCCAACAUCCUCUCGGAUUCUUUUAAUGUUCGCUUUCACACCUCUGAUGCCCUUCUGGAAUUUUUCCCAUGUGUCCAAUUGUCUUCUCGAAGGCAACUCUAAUUAUAUCAUACUACGACACGCCUUUGGAUUCAUCAACCUGACGUUGUCCUCUUCGUCGGGAUACUCUUGGUUGCCUGGCGCAUCAUCCCCUCAUGUUUCGGCAAUGUGUCCUUCGACGUGUCGACACGUCCUCCUUUUUCAAAUACAAAGUCGUGCGUAGAUAUACACUUCUCCACCCAAUCAUGCUCGCACGGAAGGACUGAGAACGGAGCAUGUGCGGCAUCCCUCACGAAAGUAGAACCGUUCAAGAUGUAUGAUGCUGCAGUUAAUCGACGUCCCGCCUUUAUAUCAUGAAGAUAUCUGUGCAAAUAAGUAGGUAAGACGCAUACUAUUAACGAUACCAGGUUGCUCGCAACUGAAGGUGCCCUUGAAAAUAUAGCGAAUAAGUCUGAGCUUAUCAUGAUCAUGGCGCGCAAGGUUGUUGAUAAAAUUUACUGAAUAG